AUGGAGCAGUCCAAGGCCUCCUCUCCGACGGAGAACGAUGCUCUACCAUCCAGCCCUCCCAAGAGACGCAAGCUCAAGCAUCCGCGCACAGCGAGGGCGUGCAUGUUCUGCAGGAGGCGCAAAGUGCGAUGUUCGGGCACCCAACCCUGCGAUUAUUGCAUUGGUGAGGAGGUUCGCUGCGAGUACGACGAUGGCAUUGCGAGGCCACCUCCUGGGGCGUUCGGCCAUUCCCAAGGCUCUGGUCCAAGUUUCCACCAGGUCCCGGCGACUUGGACUUCGCCUGGCGGCUUACCAGGCGAACGUGCGACGGCCACGACUGCCAUCGCGCAGCCCUCGAACCGAGUAGCUGUCAUGUCACGCGAACAUACACCCCACAUCUCUCGAGGGCCGUCCCUAGAACCAACCUUUGCCGAAGGCCACCAUAUCAGCGCAACAGCGGGAGUGUCCUUCCUUUACCAUUCGUGGAAUCGAGGCGAUGCAGUGGAGGGAGAGGCUGCAUUGCCCUCGGCGCCCUUGACCUGCCACGGCGACAUCCCCCCGAUCCAAGUUCGACAAGAUCAGCCGCUGCCCAAGCGAGAAGAAGCAGAUGCGCUGCUCGAACGCUACUUUCGAUUCUCAACGCCAACCUACCGCUUCCUCCAUCGGCCAACUCUGGAGAAGUGGACAUCUCAACUGUUGACGGGGGCCCGUAUGUUGACGGCAGAAGCCGCGUGUACGCUAUUGGUGUUCUCGCAGUCGCUUCUGUACACGAGGGAAGGCGACAGAUAUGUCGACGGCGGCGACCAGGAUCUUAACCGGAGUCAAUUCUAUUUCGAGAAGGCCAAGUCUCUUCUCAAUCAAGAACCUGGACCAGCGUCCGUUGCCAGCGUCCAGGCCAGGCUCGCCAUGUGCCUGUACCUUCUCAGCACUUUCCGGAUCAACGAGUGCCGAUUCUGCUUUAGUCUCGCUUGCACGCUAUUGACAUCUAUCGGGCUGCACAGGAAGAUAUCUUCCGCUCACAAGCUAGACCUAGUGACUCUGGAGUUGCGCAAACGCACAUUCUGGGGCGCAUAUGUCUUGGAUGACUAUCUGAGCGUUAUGCUGGGCCGGCCACGAAUGCUCCGCGACGAAGACAUCGACCAGCCAUAUCCUCGCAACAUUGACGAUCAAGAUUUGCUGUCGUCCGAAUCGCCCGAAGACCUGCCCUUGCACGGUAACCUGGAAGCGUUCAUUGCUCAUGCGGAUUUAGCCAAGUUGAUGGGACGCAAUAGCGAUCUCCUCUACCCGAUUCAGCCACUGUCGGAAGAUCAACUGUUCGAUCGCACCAACUGGAUGCUGGAGGCCACGCUCGAGUGGAAGGAAAGUCUCCCUGAUUUCCUGAAACCCCGCGAUAAGACGCUGGUGGGACAAAGAACGUUCGAGCGCCAGAACACCGUCUUGAAGCUCGCGUACGCUCAUUUACGGAUCCUUGCCACCCGGCGAUGCCUGCUUGCGGACUUCAGCCGGCUCGGUCGGAGAGCGUCCUCUGUGCUGGACGAGAGGGCUUUGAACCCGAUCCGCGAAUGCGCCAGUGCCGUCAGCACCAUCCUUAAUACAACCUGUGACUUGAUCCAGCGAGCUGCGCUGUACCAGUCCUUCUGGUUCACGCAGUAUAUUGCCCUUGUCGCAGUGUCGACCCUCUAUGUCUUUGUUAUCCAGAGCAGCCGCGCCAACAUCCCGCCGGGUGUCUUUCCUGACAUGAACGCCUUCUUCGACAAGGCCAAGCUAUGCCAGGACCGACUGGCAGCGAUGGCUCCGGAAGGCAGCCAGGCACGACGGCACUGUCAGCUGCUCAGUCGGCUUCGACUCCGUGCGGAAAAGGACGCUGUCCGCGCGAAAAGGAACAGCGAGAUGACGACGGCGGCUUUCGAGCGCGCUCCUGUCUCGUCGACGGGAGCCCCUCAUGAGGUGGCAUCGACACCUCAUCUGCCCUCGGAACCCACAGACUUGAAGAGCAUGAGUCCCCGGCUAGCUCAGUCUCGCACAAUGGCAGCAGUGUCCGCGGGUCAAUCUGGAUACUCCAGCAAUGCCCAACCUGGCGGCGGCGACAGCAGCGGUAUGGCUCCGGGUUUGGGGGUCGGCGCGGAUGCGGCGGUCGCAGGGCAGUUCACGCCGUCCGACGACGACUACAUGUUCCAAAACCUCCUGGGCUGGGGAUGGGAGAGUCUGGACACGGUUGGGUUUCCUGGGGAAGGGAAUCUGUUCAGCCUCCAGCCAUAA